AGGGUUCAGUCAAUGGAGGUAAGACGGAUUACAGGGUUCCGCCUUCACCGCUCCGCUGAUCGCGUCUCAUCACAAGGGGCAGGAACAUCGUUAGAAAACACAUACAUAUUUGAUGGGCAGCCGACGGAUGGCAUACACAUCAUAGGCUUCAGCCUGGCAAUAGGUAUUUCGACUAUGACGUGAAGCUCCCCCGACGCUGAGUGUUAGAGACAAUGAUGGUUGGACGGAAAGAUGAAGGCAGUCACACUCCAAAAGACAAGAGGCGACAUCUACCGGUCAUCAGAGAAGAUUCUGAUGGGGAUGAACAUUCAGUAAAUACUCCGGAAACUAUCGAAGAUCACCGACGAAGUGUUGAUCCCUCUUCAGCAUUGUCGAAGUUGAAAGAGACAACGGCGAGGUUAAAGCUGACAACGCGCAGAGCCAGCAUUCUUGCCUGGCAAGCGGAACACAUCGAGAAACCCAGGUUUCCACCGAAGGAAGUUCUACUGAAUGAAAACGAUGGGAAGUUGACUGACGACAGAAAGAAGCGGAUCAACGACGCACUGGAGUGGCUCCGCAACGAGCUGGAGGAGAUGCGCACACAGGACCAAACACUCGCAAGACAGUUUCUGACUAUCAAACAAGACAUUGCGCAGGUGAAACUGCGCAGAAGUUGUGAAGAGCAUCAGGAGAUGUUAGAAGACGUCCAAUCAGAGCUCGAGGAGCUAAAUGAGAUGUCGGAUGUCCUUGACCUUCCCGUGUCGUCAUUGAGUGACACUCCAUUAAAACAACUCGGCAUCACAAGGAUGAACAUGUCUCGCCGGAGGUUCUCCAUGUGCUGAGGUCACGUGACAUUACCCAGUGCUUAGACAGCAGCUCAACGCACUAAAGACUCGGGUACUGUUCUGCACAUGUGUACAAUGUGUGAAUCCUAUACCCCCAUGAUAUUGCCGCAAUGGAGGCCAAACCUGCGGACAGGAUCACCCACCAUCUCCCAGAACACGCGCACCGGACAUCGGGCUGUCAUGUAGAACACCAGGAACGCCCGGUGUCAGAGCGCAUGUCGUAACACAUAUUUUAAAAAGAACGCCAGUGACCAGGAUGGCCUUGACCUUGAGCCAAUACUACACAUCAAGAACGUACUUUGUAUUCAGUUUCUUUCAUCCUCCUAUUUAUAAAGUAGACACAAUUUAUAGAUAACAACUUCUUUAAUACUGUUUCGGUAUAGAUCCUUUUACCGUUGUCAUGCUGAAGACUGAAAUAUUUCUAACACAACUGGAGGCUUUCGUCCAAUCGAAGACCGCUAUUUGUACAUGUGGAGUACUCUUAUCUAAUGAGCGAUCGCUAUUUGAUCAGGACCUUCGUCCUACAAUAGCUCCUGUGCAUAACAUGAGUGUCCCAAUACACGAACUGCAGAAGUUAGUGCAGAGGCAGUGCGCUGCACGUACAUGACACACAGAACGUGAUAUUUAUUUAGAUAGAAAUGAAGUGUUGCACGAAACAAAUACUGUUCAAUUGAUACGUUUAUAUCCUGACACUGCAAUGUCACACAACAUGGUUCACAUGCCCCAAGCUAAAACGAAGUAACCCUUUUUGAAAAACAGCCUUGUUCAUACGUCUCCCGUUUACAGCCCAGUAAGCUAUUCAGUGUAAACUUAAUAACAAACUGAUAUCAUGCCACUUGUUGGAAA